AUGCUGAAGACACAUCGCUCGAGUGUGGUUUUGAAAAGACAUCAUGGCUCUAGUGUUGAAUUGCUACCCGACGAUGUCCUAGAGCUCAUCUUGGAGAGUGUUGCUGUGAAGCCUCUGCUGAGAUUCAGGGCUGUAUCCAAGAAGUGGAAAACAACAAUCGAUUCCCGACGCUUCCAGGAAAGACAGUUGAUCCGUCGCAUGCAAUCACGAGGUCCAGAUGUCAUCUUCGUGUACCUCACUGAUUUUGGUAUUUAUGGUGAUGAUGAUGACACAGAUGCUCCUAGUAUUGUGUUGGGGUCAGCAAUAGCUUCUACGGUCAGGUUCCCUACUACGGGCAGCAUGUUCUGCCGUAAUAGUUGUGACGGUCUAGUAUGCCUCUACUGUCACUACGAACCGAGUGUCGUGGUGAAUCCCGCAACAAGAUGGCAUCAAACUUUUCCUCUUUCCAACAUUCAACAGUUCCGCCUCGACAGAUCUGAUAAACCAGAGUAUUCACCAAUUACUAGGCUAGGAUUUGGAAAAGACAAAUUCAGGGGCACUUAUAAGCCGGUUUGCUUGUAUAAUUCAUCCGAAUACGGUCUAGACAAUGUCACCACGUGUGAAGUAUUCGAUUUCAGCACCAACGCUUGGAGGUACGUUGUCCCUGCUUCUCCUUGUCGGAUAAAUGAUUGCCGUUUUCCUCCCGUGUAUUUAGAUGGGUCACUUUAUUGGCUCACCGAGACCGAGGGGGAAGAACCCAACGUGUUAUCUUUGGAUCUUCACACGGAAACGUUCCAAGUCAUCUGUAAAGCUCCCGUUGCCCAUCUACGUGACCUCUUUGACCGUAUCGGCGACAUGUUGUGCAUCCUCGAUGAUCGCUUGUGCUUCUCCGAGACGCACUCGCUCACCCAAGUGAUAUGGUCGUUCGAUUCUUCAGGCAAGACAUGGAAGAAACUGUGUUCCAUCGAUCUCGCAAAAACUCGAACUUGGAUUGCGGAAUCCUUCUUCCCGCUGACACCAAUAGCAAUUUUGGACGAGAGUAAGUUACUGCUUCAAGGUAACGAUGCGUUUCAACCACUGGUGAUACAUGAUCUCCAUGCCAAUUCUUUUGAUCUCCUCUUCCAACCUGCCAGACCCAUAGCUACGGUUUCUUAUUUCCAAAGCUUAUUAUCAAUUUAA